AUGGUCGAGCAAGUUGUUUCUCAGUUGAGCAUUGAAGCAGCUAGUGAGCAAGCUGCUGAACAGGCAGUGGCUAAUGCGCAGAUAGUGAAUGUAGAACAGAGAAUUGAAAAUGUGAAUGUACCUGUUGGGUCAGAGAUAGGAGAAAGUAGCACUGUGGUGCUUCCUGUGACAGCAGUGGUGGGUGAGAGUAGUUCUACUCCUGACAACGAGGAUGGAUUUCAAGUAGUUACUAGACAUAAGAACAGGGUUAGGGCUCCUGAUCCUGCUUCUGUUGCUAAGAGCCCCUGGAAUCUUUUCUCUGGUCAGAAGAAGGUGCAGUUGGAUGACAAGGCUUUCCCCUCUUUAGGUAAGCCUGUCUGGAAGAUGAGUGCUGAGCCGCCACAGCCUGCUAAAGGCAAGGGGCGAGGCAAGAAAAAGAAAUGA